UCGCGCGCCUUCCCGCUAUGGCGCCGGCGCCGUCCAGUCAGCCGCGGGUGGUGGCGGAGACUUCCCCUCAGGAAGCCCGGUCUCCGCCUCCUCCUCUCACUCCGCCUGCUCGGCGGCGGAGGCGGCGGUGGCGGCAGCUGCUGUCCCUACCUCUCCGCCAUCUGCACCCCGGCCUGUCCCCCGGCCGGCGGCGUUAGCGGGGAGGGGGAACAGUAGUUGUAGACGCCCGCCCCUGCCUCAGAGAAGAUGACUGGGAAUGGAGUAUUACACAGAAAUCGAUUUGGGGAUCUCUGCAUCGUGUUUUUUAGCUUGCUGAUUGUUGCACAGUUUCACCAUGUGGGGAAAGUUCAUGCUAGAAAACUGAAGCAAUUAAUGGGUGACUAUGAUCAGAUUUCUUCACCAAGUUCUCAGCCUGAUACAAAGAAUCCCUUGUCAACCCAAUGAAGCAUUCAAAGAAGACCUAUGACUCUUUUCAAGAUGAACUUGAAGAUUAUAUCAAAGUGCAGAAAGCUAGAGGCUUAGAGCCAAAGACUUGUUUCAGAAAGUUGAGAGAGGACUGUUGGGAAACUUGUAGGUACAAAGAGGCUGAUUACAGACCAAGGUAUAGAAUGUUUGAUCGAAGACUCUCAUCUGAAACUGUGCAGACCUACCCAAGAUCAUGCACUAGUUCACAAAAAGUGGAAAACCGGUUACCUCAGUGGCUACCAGCUCAUGCCAGCAGGCUAAGACUUGGCUCCCUGAGCUACUGUCAGUUCACCAGGGACUGUUUCUCAGAAACACCAGCACCCCUGAACGUUAGUCAGCAAGAGUAUAACUGUAGCUCAUACAGCAUAGAAUCUGGAGUUCACAAGCACCUCUCCUCAGAAAACAGUGCCAGUCAUAAACAGCUACCUCAGAAGGGGAAAAGGCACCCAGAGGAAGGCAGAAAAAAACCAGAGGAGGAACAGCCCAAGCAUAAGAGAAAAAAAGGUUGUGAGGAACCAGAUUUAGACAAACACAAGAACUUCCAAAGAAACAAAACACAGAUGGAAACAGUCAGGGUCAAUACAGAAAAGCUUAAGAAUCGAAAGGAGAAAAAAAGUCGAGAUGUAGCCUCUAAGAAAGAGGAACGGAAGCGUAGGAAAGAGAAAAAGGAACAAGGUAAAGAGAAGACAGAGGAGGAAAUGCUUUGGGACCAGUCUAUCCUGGGAUUUUGAAGCUCUUGAGUUGGUUCUCCCAAGGUUAAAUUGAAAAAACAGUUGAGGAGCUUGGUUUUAUGACGUUUGUGUUCAGAUUGAUUAUUUCAUGUGAACAGGUACCUUAACUUCUUUAAGUCUAACGACAGGCCAGGGGAACGGAACGUACUUAAUACGCUUACUCUCCAACAUGGAAAUUACUUUUCUUCAUUUUCUAAAAGCAUCCUUACAUUUUUCUUAUGUAAUAUAAUUUCCCUUAAUGAGAGUGCCUCUGCUUUUACUCAUGAAAUUGCUAUAGAAGUAUUUUUCCCUUGGGAGGUCAUUUAUUUUAAAUUGGAGAAUUAAUAGGCUUUGCAGAAUCUAUUUCUUGAUUGGGUUUGUUUUAGUUUUGGAUAGGGUAUUUUUAUAUUCAUUAGUUUUCUCUGUGACACAAUUUAGACUGACUUUUUAAAAUCUAACUUGCAGUGUAUUUUCUAGUGGAAAAUAAAAUACAUUAAAUAAUAAUAAUCUGAGGUUACAUAUAGUUUUAAAAUUUUCAAAGAGUCUUGAUACAAAAUCAGUUUAUAUUCUGGAAAUAUUUAUAAUAAAGUGUUCUAAUUUCUGCA